AACCAGCACCCUUUUCUGCUUUCCGAAAUCAUGCUCCAACAAAUUGCCUACCACAUUUUAAAACCGUAAUCUUCUUUAUUUCCCAUCUCUUAACUCAGAAACACUCUCCUCUGCAUCAUUUCCUACAACAAUGUCGUUCAAUGGGUCAAGGUUAAUUUCUCACUCCAAUCUUCUUAUUUCAUUUCACUUUCUCUCUAAACCUUUUUCUCACUCUCUGCAUCAAUUUACUCCCAAUCAUAUCAUUCAUGAUGCCAUUUCCUCUUUCCAUCAAUUGCUCCACAUGCAUCCUACCCCACCCAUCAAUCAAUUUAACAAAAUUUUAGGGUUUCUAGCCAAGACUAAGAAUCAUUACACCACUGUUAUUUCACUUUCUCACCAAUUACAAUUCAAUGGAAUUACUCCCAAUAUUGCUACUUUGAACAUCUUGAUCAAUUCUUACUCCCAUCUAGGUCAAUUGAAUUUUGCAUUUUCUGCAUUGGGAAAGAUUCUUAAAUUAGGUUAUCAACCGGAUACCAUAACCUUGAAUACACUUGUCAAUGGUUUGUGCCUUAACGGUAAGGUCAGUGAAGCUUUGCAUUUUCAUGAUUAUGUGGUUGCGCGUGGAUUUCACUUCGAUAAAUUUGGUUACGCGUCCUUGAUUAAAGGGUUGUGUAAAAUUGGGGAAACAAGAGCUGCUAUGCAAAUGUUGAGAAAAAUUGAAGGGAAUUUGGUCAGGCUUAAUGAGGUAAUGUAUAACACAGUUAUUGAUAGUUUGUGUAAAGAUAAAUGUGUUAAUGAUGCCUAUGAGUUAUAUUCUGAAAUGAUUGCAAAGGAAAUUUCUCCUGAUGUUGUCACUUCCAAUUCUCUAAUCUAUGGAUUUUGUAUUGUUGGUCAAUUGAAAAAAGCAUCUAGUUUUUUAAAUGAGAUGGUGUUGAAAAACAUCUACCCGGAUGUUUGUACUUUUGCUAUAUUGGUCGAUGCCCUUUGUAAGGAGGGAAAUGUGAAAGAAGCUAAGAAUCUAUUAGUUGUGAUGAUGAAAGAAGGUGUAAUACCGGAUGUUGUUGUUUACAAUUCACUAAUGGAUGGGUAUUGUCUAGUUAAUGAAGUGAAUAAGGCCGAACAUAUGUUGAGAACUAUUUCUCGAAUGGGAGUGGCGCCUAAUGUUCGGAGCUAUAGUAUCUUGAUUAAUGGAUUAUGUAAGAUGAAAAUGAUCAGUGAAGCCUUGAGUCUCUUUAAUGAAAUGUGUUGCAAAGGAAUCACUCCUAAUACAGUGACUUACAAUUCUCUCAUUGACGGUUUGUGCAAAUCGGGGAGAAUCUCGCAUGCUUGGAAGCUUGUUGAUGAGAUGCAUGAUAAAGGUCAACCAACUGAUAUAUUCACUUACAGUUCUUUAAUAGACGCUUUAUGCAAAAACCAUCUUGUUAAGAAGGCUAUUGCAUUAGUAAAAAGAAUCAAAGACCAUGGCAUUUUACCAAAUAUGUGCACGUACAACAUACUUAUCGACGGACUAUGCAAAGAGGGACAACUUAAAAACGCACAUAACAUUUUUAAGGAUCUUUUGACAAAGGGUUAUUGUUUAAAUAUCCAAACAUAUAAUAUUAUGAUCAAUGGAUUUUGUAAUGAGGGCUUGUUUGAUGAAUCAGAGGGCUUGUUGUCAAAAAUGGAGGACAAUGGUAUCAUUCCUGAUGCGGUAACGUAUGAAACUAUUAUCCGAGCUCUCUUUCAUAAAGAUGAGAAUGAAAAGGCAGAGAAACUUCUUCGUGAAAUGAUUGCUAGAGGUCUACUAUAAGAUUAAUUCUAGUUACAUACUCAAAAGAAGGUGGACUACUUAAAGGUAGAAGGUGUACUCAGAAGGUUGAAGGUAAGAGCUUUGAAAGCCAGAAAAAUGGGUUUAUUAACAAAUUGGCAUAUGAAUAUGUAUUUGAUGAUAAUCAUCCCUCCUUAUUAUAGGAUGAAAACACAAAGACAUGAUGAAUAUAUCUCAAGUGCUGAUGACCGUGUUAAUAUCUAAAGUGUCUUUGAGUUAAAUGUUUUUCAACACCUUAUGGCUCAUGUUCUCCUAUUAAAAUUAGAAUGAAAUUAACUUAUAUAUCAAUAAUAGUAACAAAUUUGAAUCUGUCUUUUGCAUUAAACCAGAAAAACACUUAAUCUAUCUUGUACCUUUAUGAUAGAAUUCACUAAAUAAAAACUCUUAGCAACUUUCGAUAUUAUGCUAAUUCUUGUUAUAGGCUGAUGCAGUAUAUGAUAUCAAUUAGGUAAAUGCUCUCUCCUUAUCACCUUAUAAUUUGCAGUGAAGACUUUGCUACUUGUGAAUUAGCAACCCUUCUAUGUUGGUUAGAGAUAAAAUGGUUCCUUGUCUAACAGUGCCUUUAAAAUGUUUUAAAUUUAAGGGGUAAUUUCGAGUUUUUAUAAGAGAAUAGGAUAGCGGGACGGAAACCGCUCUGCCCCCGUGAUUUACCCUUUAGCAGCCGAUAUUGUGUUUAGUGCCGCUAAGGCUCUUCCUAUAGCUGCCGACCCUCGUUCUGCUUUGCUAUAUUGGGAUAUCGCCUCUAUUGGACGCUAUUGGCUACUCUUGUAAUAUAUUUAGGCUUUUACUUUUAUAUGCAUUGGCAGUGAAAUAAGUAUUUCAAUGUCAAUUAAUCAUUACUGUCUAAUCACUGAAAUAUAUUUGACUUUGAUCUUAUCUAUUUUAAAGUCAUACAAAAAUGAGCUUGUGAUUGGUUGAAAUUGUAAAUCUAUUUUAAAGUCAUACAAAAAAUGAGAUGUGAUCGAUCGAAAUUGUAAAAUGUCUUACGCUGAUAGUGCGUGAAAGUUUUUUUUGUUUGUAUGACCCUCAAUUUCUUAGAGGAAGGAGGUUAUGAUAAUUGGAGUUUGACCAAAAGAUUAGUAAGGUCUGACCUGUUCUUGUUCUAGUCAGGAUUCAAAAGUUUAUGCUCUUACAAUUAUUAAUUAGUCAUAAUUAAUACUUUAAUACUCAAUUUCCCACGGGGAUAGCGAUAGCAGCUGGAUUGUAAGUCUCCUAGUAACAUCACAUGAUCACAGGAUUGUGUGUUGCAAGAUAUUACGAUCCGUGCUACAAUCUUCGAGUUACAAUUUUUCAACCCCCUCGUGAUCUUGUGUUCACUCUCGGUUUGUAUUACAAGAAUGUAUCUAAGCUCAUUCCUUUUCUUUUUAAAUUCUGUAAUAUGUUAUGAAAUCAUGUUCUGGAAAAUAUUCUGCAUGAAUCAAACAUGGUCAUGGUUGUAUUUGUAUUUUUAAGGCUUUGUUCUUUUCUUUUUCUCAAUGCUAUUUGUAAUGCUUUGUUAUAUCAGCCUGCUCUGUCAUAUUUUUAAUGCUUUGUUCUGUUCCUUUUCUUAGCGCUAUCAUUGAACAAAUAUGUAUCGGAUUUUCCCCUAACUGACCUACUAAUGCAAUGUGAACAUUUUAAUUGAUGGAAUUUUAUUGUGUUUGUUUUUUUAUUGCAGACUGAUGUUGUUUAACCAAUGCAUCAAACUUUGCCAAGUUUUUUUUUUUAACA